UCUCAAAUUGUUCAUUUUAGAGUUGACUACGUUCGAGCGAAGAGUAGCGAGAACAUUUGUUCGACAAUUUUCUUCUCAACACUUUCACUUCAAAAGUUUUAAUCGCGUCAAAGAAAAGAUGAUGAAAAACAACGUCUUGAUUUUCGCCGAUCAUAUUGUUUUCCCCAAAGGGGAAAUCAGAGAGGGACCGUUUUAUGUUGUCGCUAAAAAUGGGAAAAUCACAAAGAUAUCAAAAGCAGAAUCGUCUAUCAAUUCUGUGGCGCAGUGUGAGAGAUGCGAUGCUGUUCCAUGUCAUCUCCUCGCUCCAGGUUUUGUGGACAUUCAUAACUAUGGCUUAGGAGGCAGUGACGAUAUCCUCGAUUACUGGAAGAAACCAGAAUAUACCUGCGCAAAGGCUGUCACAACAGGUACGACAUCAUUGCUGGCGAGUGUCGUCUUUCCCGAGGAAAGAGAUGAAGAAACUCGAUCAUUGUUGAAAAAAAUCACAAGCAGAAUUGGCGAUAAAGUUGCUGGAGCUGUGAUCGAGGGCGUGCGGGCAGAGGGUCCAUUAAUUGCUGAUUUCGGUGGACUACCAAAAAGCUCAACUGAAUAUGGAGAAAAUGAAUUUGGCAGUCUGUUGGACUCAAUGACCCAGCUUAAAAUAAUGACGAUCAGCCCAGGUGUUGCAUCUCAAUUGAAUUAUGAACCAAUCAAAAUGAUUCGCCAGAGAAACAUCCUUCCGUCGCUUGGUUAUGAUCGUGAAGCUGACGAAGAAGCGAUCCUUGAUGCUUUAUCUAUGUGUAAAGACCAACAAUGUCAUAUAACACAUUUAUUUAACGUCUCAACCUUCCAUCACAGAAAUCCCGGGUUGGUCAAUUUUGGAUUACUUGACAAUUAUCCUUCGCAAGCAAAAUACGCUGGAAUUAUUCCACCAACAGUAGAGAUCAUCGGCGAUAUGAUACACGUGCAUCCAUUCGCAGUGAAACUGGUCUUAAAUUCCCGUAAUUGGAGAAACAUUGCGUUCGUAACAAGUGGCGUUGGUUAUCGCUCCCAACUUCAAGAAACAAUUAAAUAUGGUGGCCAAGAUGUUAAAGUGGAAGAUGAUGUCGUAAAACGAUGCGAUGAUGAUACGAUUGUGGGAAGCUGUUGCAGUAUGUUGGAUAUCUUCACGUCCUUAACUAAGAACUUUGACGUUUCCAUUGGAAAAGCUUGCAUGAUGCUUUCAGAGAAUCCUGCUAGAAUUGCCAAACUCGAUAAUGUUGGCACGAUCGAGGUUGGAAAAGACGCCAACUUCAUCAUGUUCGAUCAUAACUACAACCUUACAAAGACAUUUGUUGAUGGACGUAUGGUGUUCAGAACAACAUCUUGUAAAAAGAAAAGUGUCAUUUCUACAGAGAGCAUCGAAAAAUCUGUUCAACUUAUCAUGUAGACAAGACAUGAACAAGAUUACAACAUGAUGAGCUUAGGUGGCAUAGCGAAGAUGCUUGCUUUGGCGAAGAAGGGGGGUGGGGUGGAGGCUCAGAUGCAAUGAAACAGGGGGGUGUAUUUCAUAAAAUAAAUGUUUGAUGAUGAGCUGAAAGUUUGCAAUAUUAUACUUCGUAAAAUGAUAGCUUUAAAUGAAAACCUGACGACAAUAAAUAAAAUGUUAAAAUAAAUCAAUAGUUAGUUCAUUUUAAUUCAAAACAUCUGGUGUAAAUUACAAAUGACUUUAUCAUUAAUCUGGCCGAAAAUUAGUAAUUUUAUCACAGCAGAUUGUAAUUAAUAGAGGAAAGCAUUAAAAACAAGAGUAUUUUUUUUAUAAA